AUAGGCCUGGGUCGAGGAGAAAAAUGUCGAUCGCUUUGCCCCGCUCCCUCCUUUCUUUCCUUCCUUCACUCCCUUUUGUUCCCUCUCACCAUCACUGCUUGCUCGGAUCUUGCUCAGACCCUGCUUCUCCUGUCUACCUUGUGCCACUGUUGCUCUCUCCUCCUCUUGUCUCAUACUCGAACGCCUGUUCUCAAACGACUACUACUCGACAAACGGACCUGAACAUCGACUAGGAUGGCUGCACCAUCUCGUUUCGUCUUGGACUCGGCCUUGGACGCGGUCGGAAAUACACCCCUCAUCAGGCUUGAUAGGAUCGCAGCUCACAAGGGACUGAAAUGUAACCUCAUGGCGAAGGUAGAAUAUACCUCUGCUGGUGGAUCCGUCAAGGAUCGUAUUGCGAAACGUAUGGUAGAAGAAGCGGAGAAAGAUGGGAUUAUUACGCCGGGGAAGAGCGUUAUCAUCGAGCCUACGAGUGGGAACACUGGCCUUGGGUUGGCUAUGGCUUGCGCAGUGAAGGGAUACAAGUGUAUCAUCUGUAUGCCUCAGAAGAUGUCUAUGGAGAAGGAAAUCCAGCUCCGCGCUCUUGGGGCUGAGGUCGUCCGUACGCCCACCGAUGCGAAGUUGUUUAGUCCCGUAGGCAAUGUCGGUUUGGCAAGGCGUCUCGCUCGCGAAAUCGAAGGUGGUGUCAUCCUCGACCAAUACGUUAAUGAACACAACCCACUCGCACACGAACUUGGCACGGGGCCCGAAAUCAUCGAGGCUAUUGUUUCGACUCCCUCGACCUCUGCGCAUCCUUCAUCCGGCAAGGUUGACGUAUUUGUCGCUGCUGCUGGGACGGGUGGCACAAUAUCUGGUGUGGCCCGGGCCCUCAAGAAGACACACAACAAGGACUGUCAUGUCGUUGGCGUUGACCCCAGAGGCUCUAACAUGGCUCUCCCGACCACUCUCAAUCGCCCCGAGGACUCCAAAGUCACCUAUAAGGUCGAAGGCAUCGGGUAUGCCUACGUUCCUGAAGUGCUCACUCGGGAUAUGUCCGAAGUCAAUCACUGGGUCAAAAUCACGGACGGACCUUCGUUCGAGUGCGUCAAACUCCUCAGCAGACUGGAGGGGUUGUUGGUGGGAGGGAGUAGUGGCGCGGCGUUAAGUGGUGCGUUACAAUGGCUGGAAGAGAGCGAUGAGGGGAAGAGGAUUUCACAGACCGAAGGGAUGAACGUGGUUGUGCUCUGUGCAGAUGGAGUGAGAAAUUAUAUCGGCAAGGACUGGUUCCUCGACAUUUCAAUGCGCUCAGAAGCAUCCUCACUGGCAAAGGAGAUCCAGGAGAUUAGAGAGAGGCCUGCCGAUCCUGAGGAGCUCGAGGCUUGUGCCGCGGACCAGAAGGCGGCGGAGGAUUCUUACAGCUCUCAACUUCGUCCUAGCUGGGGUCAUGCUACUAAGGCGCUAAAUGGCCAUGCGAACGGACAUGCGAAUGGCCAUAUUAACGGGGAUGUUAAUGGUGCUUAGAAGGGGUUCUCUAAGUCUGACGACGAUUGUGGGGUAUGUUUUUCCGGCCAGUGCUGUAUCUAUCUCCUUGUGCUAUGUAUGUAGGUCCAUGUUGUCGUGCAUGUUAUCGACUCUUGCUCUUUUCGAUCCAAUAUAAUCUGCGUGUAUCUAGGUUCAUCCAGUC